AUGGCGGAUUUGGAAGACUUCGAUUCUGCCCUGGAGAAAGCUCUUUUGGCGCUCGCUGGACUGGGAAUAUCGCUUAAAUUGCAAUCCGAACAAAAGCAAGCGGUCACGACGCUGUUGUCGAGGCAAGAUUUAUUAGCAGUUCUUCCAACAGGCUUUGGAAAAAGCCUCAUCUUUCAGUUGUUGGUGCGGGUGAAAGAAAUAUUGACAGGCAAACCUGCAUGUGUGAUCGUUGUUUGCCCUCUAAAAAGUAUUGUGCACGAUCAAUUGUCCAAAGCAACUGCGAUGGGUUUAACAGCCACAUCACUUUCGGACGCCAGUUUAGAAGAUGUAGAGAACGGCAAAUACCAGCUAAUCUUUGGAUCUGCAGAAGAAAUUUUGGAGAAGCUUUUCCUCAGUUGGCUCAAAAAGAGCAACACGCCUCUACACCAGAAUCUUGCUGCACUGAUAGUCGAUGAAUCGCACACUGUAGAAACAUGGACGGGCCAAAGGUUUGUUUUUCUCCCUUGUUGUUAUCCUAGGAGGUGUUCGAUAAACUUGUGCUGUAAACAUGAUGAUAAAUUCAAUGUUCUCUUAAAUUACAGGGCAACAACUAAGAAACCCAGACAAAAGGGCACUGUUGCUUUCCGUGAGUCGUUCGGAAAGCUUGGGGAACUGAGCUAUGAGCUAUAUGUCACACAUUGGGAGGGAGGUCAAAUAAUUGAAGAUCAUUGCAGUAAA